CAAAAGAGAUAGUAUAUAAAGGCAGAAUAGACUAACAUUAUUUAAGCUGUUUAUAUAUUAAGCUCUCCUACACAUCUGAAAGUCUCCCUGAUCAGUAGCUCAUUCAUGGCUAACAGAUUCUCUCUUGCUAUGGAAAGAACAGGCCAAUGGGUUUUCUCCCAAGAAAUCUCAACUGACAUCAUCGUGGAAGUUGGAGAAGCCAACUUCUGCCUUCACAAGUUCAUGCUAGUGGCGAAGAGCAACCAUAUAAGGAAGGUAAUUCUGGAUUCGAAAGAAACGGAUUUGACGAGAAUAAAUCUGUGGGACAUUCCCGGCGGGGCGGAGAUGUUUGAAAAGGCGGCCAAGUUCUGCUACGGCGUCAACUUCGAGAUCACGGUGCACAACGUUGCUGCCCUCCGUUGCGCCGCCGAGUAUCUGCAGAUGACCGACAAGUACUGCGACGGGAAUCUCGCCGGAAGGACGGAGGAUUUUAUGUCCCAAGUGGCGCUAACCACCCUCUCCGGCGCCCUCGUCGUCCUCAAGUCGUGCGAGGAUCUCCUCCCCAUGGCCGACGAUCUCGGCAUGGUUCAACGCUGCGUCGAGAUUGCCACCGCCAAGGCUUGCGUGGAGGCGAAUUUCCCAAGCCGUUCUCCGCCCAAUUGGUGGACGGAGGAGCUGACAAUCUUGGACAUAACCUUCUUCCAGAGGAUCAUCGCAUCAAUGAAAGCAAGAGGUGCAAAGGGUCUAACUCUAGCCAGCGCCAUCAUUACCUACACCGAGAGGUCCCUUCGCGACCUCGUGCGCGAUCACUCCGGCAACGGCGUCCGCUCCCUCGACUCCCCCGAAUCCGACCUCCGCCUCCGCCAGCGUGACAUCCUCGAGACCAUCGUGGCCCUCCUGCCGCCGGAGAAAUCGGCUUUUCCGAUCAACUUCCUGUGCUGUCUGCUUCGGACUGCCAUUUUCUUGAGGGCCGACGCCCGGUGCAAGAGCGAGCUGGAAAAGAGGGUUUCUCUCAUCUUGGAGCAUGUCACGGUUGAUGAUUUGUUGGUUUUGUCUUUCACCUAUGACGGUGAGAGGCUGUUUGAUCUUGAGAGUGUCAGGAAGAUCAUAUCUGGAUUUGUUGAGAGGGAGAAGAGUGUGGCGGUUUUCAAUGCUGGGGAUUUUAAAGAGCUUUGUUCCACCGCGAUGCUCAGAGUUGGGAAGACCAUCGAUGCUUAUCUUGGGGAGAUAGCCACCUAUGCUGAUUUGAGCAUCUCCAAGUUCAAUGGGAUUGCCAAUUUGGUGCCCAAGCCUGCCAGGAAGGUCGACGACGAUCUUUAUCGCGCCAUUGAUAUUUUUCUCAAGGCGCACCCGAAUCUUGAUGAGAUUGAGCGAGAGAAGGUCUGCAGUGUGAUGGACCCGCUCAAGCUAUCGUACGAGGCUAGGGUUCACGCCUCUCAGAACAAGCGCCUCCCCGUGCAAAUAGUCCUCCACGCGCUCUACUACGAUCAGCUCAAGCUCAGAAGUGGAGACGAUGAUCACAAUACUGUAGACGCCAUUACAACAAGGAACCAAGUGCAAGCCGACACCUCCCUCGUUAAGGAGAACGAAGAGCUGAGGACAGAGUUGUUGAAGAUGAAGAUGUACAUUCAAGAUAUCAAAAAAGGCGAACCCACAUCAUCAAAAUCUAGUGCUAAGAAGACUACAUUCUUCUCAUCCAUGUCCAAGACUUUAGGGAAAUUGAAUCCCUUCAAGCAUGGAUCCAAAGAUACUUUGAAUAUUGAAGAUGGAAUGCCGGAUUUGACUAAACCUAGAAGAAGACGAUUCUCCAUUUCCUAAGUUUUGGAUUUUCAUAAUUUUUUAGUUGUUAUAUUGGUGUGUUAUAUAUAUAUUUGAAGGAUUAAUCUUGUAAAGAGUUUUAUGUUUAUGUUUGCUCUAGUGAUAUGAGAAGAUAUUGUUUGACUA